AAGGCAGAUUAUGCGUAUAAUCCACACAAAAACGGUACAAAAUCUUACAAUCGUCAUAUGGAAAAAUGUAAGGUUAAGCUUAGGAAUGUUGAUAUUGGUAAAAUGAUGGUAAAUUCGGAGGCAAGAUUACAAGCUAGGAAGAUAGAUCAUAUGGUUUUCCGUGAGAUGGUAGCUAAGUGUAUCAUUCAGCAUGGUCUCCCGUUUGCGUAUGUCGAAUAUGAGAGAGUUAGAUUAGUGUGGAAGUAUUUGAACGCGGAUGUGAAGUUUAUAAGCCGGAACACAGCCGCAACAGACGUUUACAAGUUCUAUGAGAAUGAGAUGGAAAAUUUAAAGAGAGAAUUAGCUCAUCUUCCUGGGAGGAUUAGCUUCACUUCUGAUUUGUGGACUGCAAUUACUCAAGAAGGCUACAUGUGUCUGACAGCUCACUACGUUGACAGAAACUGGAAAUUAAACAACAAGAUUAUCGCAUUUUGUGCUUUUCCGCCUCCACAUACGGGGAUGCACAUAGCCAUGGAGAUUCUACAGAAGUGGAAGGACUGGGGAAUUGAGAAAAAGUGUUCUCCAUCACAGUAUUUUCAUGUGAGAUGUACAUCACAUAUUCUCAAUAUCAUUGUUCAGAUCGAGCUGAAAGACAUAGAGCCUACGUUGCAUAAGAUUAGAGAGAGUAUCAAAUAUGUUCAAGCUUCUGAAAAGCGUGAGAUAUUGUUUGCAAAAUGUGUGGAAGCUAAAGACGACGACGAUUUUGAUUUUGGAUGUGUUAACUAGGUGGAAUUCGACAUACAAUAUGCUUGAUAGAGGUAUCAAGUAUCAAGCUGCCUCUUAAUAAUCUUAAAGUCAUUGA